AUGCCACUGAACUGGGAAAACCGCAUUCACCAUUCCUGCGUCUUCAAGGAGAAUUCGAUACGCAAGCCGCCCGGCCCGCGACCACUACCCAUCGUCGGCAACCGCUACGAGCUGUACCCGGACGUCCUCGGCAGCUACGACCAGCUCCUCUCGCGCUACGGCCCCGUCAUCAAGACCAUCAACUUCGGCACCACCAUCUACCACACCAACGACACGGCCAUCGCGCGGCACGUGCUGCGCGAGGACGCGCCCUUUUGUAGCAGACUGACUCGGAUUCAUUUCAAUCUCAACACCGAUCUCUCUUCGAAGCGCCGCUCACGAAUGAAGCCUGGACUUACCUGGAGCAAGUGUCCAUUCCGGUGUGAGUGUGUGGUUGCUGCCCGCGAUCGUCACGGAAUCAAGCCCUUGGUGUAUGCUCAUGUUGGAGAAAAAAUCCUUGAUGCCUCGGAAGCAAAGGCCUUUCUGCCGCUGGGGUGGAAGCCGCGCUGGGACGUGAACGCUAUUUCGGGUGUAGGAUGGAUGUUUGAUGAUCGCACGCUGUUCCGAGGGGUCAAGAAAGUGCUGCCAGGCCAUUAUCUUGAGAUCACAAGGGAGGGUGGAGUUGAGAAAGUCAAAUACUGGGAUGCAGAAUACGAAGACAAGGUCAGCAUCGUGACGGAUCUCGCACGCAAGGAGCAUGUCAAAAUUGGCAACGAUCAGGCCACCCAGGUGACCUACUUCAGCGUCGCCUUUCCAGAAAAGUCUGGCUAUGAUGAGUCGAGACUAGGCAUCGCCGAGCCCAUCGCGGACUGGCUGGGCGUCAAGACCAUCAAAAAGAGCAUCACCGAGGAAAACCUGACCGCCGAUUUUGCUGACGCCGUAUUCCACCGCGAGCACCACCACUUUGACCUCAACUUCGUCGCCAAGUAUGCGCUCUCCACGCUGCCGCAGGAGCAUGGCGUCAAGAUGGUGCUGAUUGGCGAACUGGCGAGGACGCCGACGAGCACUUUGCCGGCUACCCAUACUUUCCCGCCUCCCGACGGCGCCCUGCCGGACUCGAUCCUGUCGCGCCACCCCGAGCCCCGCGAGCGGAUGUCCCACACUGUGGAGCGGGAGAUGCAGGAAGUAUAG